ACGUUAUUAUUCGCGUCUCGGCUUGCAAAGUCGCCAUGUUUCUUGAAAACGUAAACGGAAAAGAAAGCGGCAUUUUUAUGUAAGUCUAAAAAUUACGUCUCACUGUUGUCUAAACGUUCCUGGUGAAUAAUAAAGUAAUGUGAACUCGUUGCUGUAUUAUCUUUUUAUAUUUGACUAUUACUAGAAAUUACCAAUAUGGCCAUGCCAAACGAAAGUGUAAGAUCUUUUCCUCUCUUUGUGACUCAUGUGGAUAGUGAGGGUCAUUUUCUGAAGAUAAGUGGUCAGCUCGACAAGCAAGUUUCGUUGAUGUUAGAAAAACUUUUCGUAUGUGCCUGCGAUAAUUUAGAAAAGGGAAUUGGGGCAGUGCCCCCGGCUGCUAUUCAUGAAGGCAUAAUAUGUGCAGCGAAGUACAGAGAUGGUGUUUACUACAGAGCUAAAAUCACUAGUACCAAUAAUCUAGCUACAGGUCUCGUCGGUGUUCACUUCAUUGAUUAUGGUAAUAAAGAUAAUAUUUCCUUAAGUACUAUCCGAUUUUUGGAUACAUAUGAUCCAAUAUUUUUGCAAGUGCCUGGGCAGGCUACUGAAUAUUAUCUUUCACGAGUUAUGCAUCCUUCUGGAAAAUGGGAGGAACCACUUCUUUUGAAACUUCAGAAUUUGCUGUGCAAUGAUGAAUAUCCAGUGACAGUUGAAGUGCAAACACGCACACUCCCUAUCAUUUCUAUUCAAUUCAAGGGUACUGAUUUGUCAACACACCUUGUUACAAACAAAAUUGGUAUUGCUCUGCCUGUAAAUAAACAGGAGGAACUUCUACAAAUGUCUAGUGAUGGUCAAGUAUCAAAUUGGCAGCUGUCCAGCAUUGGAAAUGAGUCUUCAUAUACUGAACAUAUACCAUUUUUAAUGCAUCAAAACUUUCCUUUAAACCCUGCGUCAGCAAUGCGUUUGCAACAAAAUGUUGCACUGCCAUUCAAUGGUUCUGUACCACCUCCUUCGAUGAUCAGCCAAAGACUAAUGGUUAACAAAGUUUCUAGGAAUUCUGUAAACCUUAGACCUCUGUCGCGUCAACCUCAGCACACUGGUAAUCCAUUGUCUGGUACACCUUCUACAACAUUACCUAUUAUUGCAAAUAAACAACUUUCUCCAAAGAAGUCCACUACAUAUAAAAGCCGUUUGUUGGAACUUAACUCUCAACACAAAGUUUUUGUAUCAUUUUCUGAAGAAGGACCUGAACUCUUUGCUGUGCAGCUUGUGGCAGAUGCAAAGAAAUUACAGGACAUGAUGGAUGAUAUAAACAAAAGGCCUCACAGCAGUCUUGCAGAACCACCAAUGAUAGGCACAGUAUGCCUUGGUAGAAUGUCUGGUGACAGGAUUAUCUGCAGGGCAAUUGUUAUGAAUUUAUCUGGGUCCCAGUGCAAAUUGUUUUUUGUUGACUUUGGUGAUACUGAAAUGGUAUCCUAUUAUGAUAUUUUUGAUAUUCCUGAAGAAUUUGUAAAGCCUAAUGUUUUUGCUAUGAGGUUUUGUUUAUCGGGAGUAAAGAAGUUGGAGAAGGGUCCAUAUCUCACUGAGACUUUCAAGCAACUGGUAAAUGGGAAGGUACUUACGCUACGAGUUGUGGCACCUGAAGGACCUCCAUUGAUUCAAUAUGGAGAGUUAUAUUUAGAUAACAAGAAUGUUCUGGAUCUUUUAUUAGCAAAUAUGAAAGAUAAGCUACAGUUCAAAUGGAUGGACAUGCUCAAUUUGGGAACAAGACAGUCUGUGCUGGUAUCUUAUGUAGAUAGCUGUAUCAAGUUCUAUAUUCAGUUGUCAGAUAAGAUUGAUGAGCUAAAUGCUGUGAUGGAUGCAGUCAGAGUACAUUGUGAGAACAGUACUGCGCCUAGAGACCUACCUGUGGGCGCUGCAUGUUGUGCAAGGUUUCCUGAUGAUGAUAAUUGGUAUAGAGCAAGGAUUAGAGAUGUAAAGGGAAAUAAAGUAGUGGUAGCCUAUGUGGACUAUGGUAAUGAGCAAGAAAUUGAUGUAUCAGACCUCAGAACCAUCACACCAGAUCUCAUAAAAUUACCAGCACAAGCUAUGAAAUGUGCACUUAAGGGCUUUGAAAGUAAACCAAUUGAGACAAAAACAUCAAAUUUACUGGAAAUGCUGGCACUCGAAAAAACUUUGAUGGCUCAUAUAGUAGGUGUCCUAUCCAGUGAUACCAUGUUGGUGUCACUUGUUGAUGACACUGUUAAUCCACCUCUAGAUGUGGCAAGGAGGAUGAAUCAACUUUCACAACCAAGAGUCAGUAAUGAGGCUAAAGCGACGACUCCCGUACGUAAAGAAGCACCAGAUACCUUCAGCUCCCCAGAAGGCAGUACGCCCGAUGAGGGCAGGAAAAAAAACUUUAGACGUGAGAAAAGCUUUAAAGACGAUCGCCGUCCAAGAGAAAACGAGGAGUUUGCGCAAAGAAGCGGCAGUUUUCGCGGCAGGGAUAAUAAAGAUGGAUUUGACAGAUCUGCACCCGGUAGACACAGCGAGAAGUUUGGCGGGAGGCAGGACAGAGGAGAGAGGCGCAGUGGUCCAAAACCGUGGGAGAAUAAUACGUCACAUAAUGCUGCACCUGCGCCUGCUGACGACAACUGGGACGAAACGCCUCAGCCUAGUCAAUCCUUCCAGACACCUUCCGGUCGACCCCAUAAUAACCGCGACAAUAAUAGAGACAGAAGAAAACCCAGGUCGGAUCAUCACGAUAAAUCCGGCCCAAGGCCCGGAUGGAAGAAUAAAGAUUCGACAGGGGUCGGCAAAAGGCUAAGGCAGGCAGCAGAGGCCGCGUCUUUGGACGCACAGAACGCCCACCAAAAAGGCUCAAUUCAAGAUAGAUUGAAACGUGAUAACAAAUUUAGUCAUGAUCACAAUCAAGACAACAGAAAUGAUGAUUGGGGAAACAAAAAUAGGGAGAAUCGACCCGACCACAGGGAAAACCGAGGUGAGAGGCGAGACAAGAAGGAGAACUGGAAUCAGAAGAGAGAAUUCAGAGACAGACAGAAUGAUAGACCACGAAGUAAUUUCACACCGAGAGAACGCGCCGAGCGCUCCUUCAAUUCUGAUUCGGACAAAAAAUCAGACAGGAGCUUUCGUUCCCAGGACAGCGGUCGAGGAGAACGGGCCGGGCGCACUCCACCAUACAAAACUAAAAGCAAAUUCACUCAAGUGCAAUACAAAGAAUUGCAAGAACCAGUGCCUUUGGAAACCCCGUUCAUUGAACCGACUGUCGAAGUUGGUGCCCAACACGAGGUCUCCGUUACGUGGAUAAUAUCACCGGAGAGUUUCCACACUCAAAUACUUUCUCUACAAUCCAAAUUCCUCGAAAUGAUGCAUAAGAUACCAGAAUUGUAUAAAGGUGUAAAGUCUUAUACAGGAGUAGUACCGGUUGGAUCAUCGGUCUUGGCGCGGUACCCUGCUGAUGGUGUGCUAUAUCGUGCUACCGUAAUUGCAGUCCAACCACCAUCACAAUUUAUAGUUAGAUAUGUAGAUUUCGGAAAUAAGCAAUUGGUAGAUGCCAAAGAUAUAUGGCAAUUGGACAGACAGUUGAUGGAUCUUCCGAAGAUGGCUGUACAUUGUUCUUUAUUAGGAGUGGUGCCGAAGGAAGGAGAAUGGAAAGCGGACCCCGAGAUAGACCUAUGCUUUAAUGCGCCUCGCUAUCAGUGUGUCUUCCAGGAAUGUCUGGAAGAUCAGCAAUACAAAGUGUCACUUUGGAAUAAUGGGGCUAGUGUCGCCGAUAUGCUCGUCGAGAAAGGUCUAGCUGCUUUGUCUGAACAUCAGUCAUCUGUUACUUUGAAAGAUGAAGCAAUCGACUUGACGAUUAUUGUGGGCCAACAAAUCUUAUGUAAAGUUACCCAUGUGGAAUCAUUUGAAAAAUUCUAUGUACAACUAGAUUUAGACAAAGCAGCUCUAGUUGAAAAUGCUAUUGAAACUUUCGAUACCUCUCAACUCACACCAUUAUCAGCGGACAGCCUCGCGGAAGGUAUUCACUGCACAUUGAAACACGAGGGCAAAAUAUACCGCGCUAUACUCGACGAUGUUGUCGACACCGCUAACAUAAAAGCAGUGUUGCCGGAUUACGGAAAUAGUGUAACUGCGCCAUUAGAAAACCUUAUGAUAUUGCCAAGCGAAUUGAGCGUAUACUUCUAUCAAUCAUUGGAAUGCAAGCUAAACAACUACACAGCUGAAUCCAAGACACUACUUUCGCUGGAUGAAUUAAAGGAACGCCUUACCGGCAACAAAUUUAUAAUCUACAUCAAUGACGUACAAGAAAUCAGUUUGGUAUCGACGCUAUAUGACAGCGUGACGGGCCAAAAAGUGGCCAUAUUUGAGCCGGAUGAAGGCGCGUACGAUGAGGUGGUGCAACUCUGUAUGAGAGCUGUUUUUAACUACAACUUUGGACUAGCAUAUAUCUCGCAUUCGGAAAAUCUGAACGAAUUUUACCUGCAAAAAUCUUCUGAUGGUGAUAAGAUAGCACAACUUUUAGAUGAUCUAUUCAAGUUUUAUGAAGAAGGAGCUCCAGAAGAUCUCGCCACUUAUGAAGUGGAUGGAUUAUGUGCUGCUAAAUCUACUGACGGAAACUGGUAUCGCGCAACUAUAAUCAGCAUUACAGAAAAUGAACUCAGAGUUCAAUUUCCUGAUUAUGGAAACAGUGAAACUGUACCUAAAACAAAUGUUAAAAAACUUGACAGUAAAUUCUAUGAGCCUUGCACUCUUGCUCUUGUUGCUAGUUUGGGUCUUGUUUCUCUUCAAGAAGACACGCUAGCUAAACUGACAGAAUGGACCAAUGAAAAAGAGGUUCAAGUCACUUUAGCUUUUGGUAACGAUGGGUGGCUUGCAAGCUUACAUUUAGAUGGUGUUGAUUUAGCUAUGAAACUUGUCAAUGAAAAAUUAGCUACUCCACAAAUUGCUUCAAGUGAAGAACAGAAAAUAGAAACACCUUUAGAAGAACCAAUUUCAUUACCACCUGGCUGUACUCAAGUAUACAUUAGUCACAUAGAUACACCAGGGCACUUCUGGCUUCAGAUGAUUGAUAAAAUUGACAAAAUAGAAGAAAUUCAAGCUGAGCUCCAAUCCAAUGCAGCAACAUAUGCAGAUAUCGAAAAUCGUGAAUUAGGCACUUUGUGCGUAGCGAAAUAUUUGGCUGAUGAUCAAUGGUACCGCGCCGAAAUACUCGACGCUGAUUCGGACAUCACCACUGUACGAUUUAUUGACUAUGGUAAUACGGAUGUAUUAGAUAACCAACCUGAUCUCAUAAAAGUAAUACCAGAUCGUCUAAAAGAAAUAGAGCGUUAUGCUGUUAAAUCUAGUGUCAAUGCGAUACCCACUGGAACAGGACAGUGGUCAGAGCCAGCAUCAGAUUUCUUCACACAGUUAGUUGGUGAUAUAUCAUCACCUGUGGAUGCAUUAAUAGUCCUGAAAGAUGUCACCACUUAUGUUGAUAUUUUUGUCAAUGGUGUCAAUAUUACUGACAAGUUAGUAUCAGAAGGUUAUGCUACAAGAUCUGAAGAAGCAGAAUGUGGAGACUUACCAUCCUGUUUUGCUAGUCAUGUCAACUCUCCAUCAGAGUUUUGGAUACAACUUGAAACGGCUGCACCUGAAUUACAAGCUAUGGAAUCGGCCAUGGUUGAUGCGGAAAACUUCCCUGAACUGACUGAUAAAGAAGAAGGUGUUAUUUGUGCCGCUAAAUAUCCUGAAGAUGGUGCUUGGUACAGAGCCCAAGUAAUCGUCGAUGGUUCUGAAGGUACAGAAGUACUUUUUAUGGAUUAUGGUAAUGCUUCAAUUGCUAAUGAAUUACGCAGUCUUCCUGAUGAGCUUAAGGUUAAACCAGCUUUGUCAAGAAAGUGUGCACUACAAAAACCACGCGACAUUAAAUCCUGGUCACGCAAAUCUGAAAUAAAAUUCAAUGAAUUAGCUGCAGAAGGUGCAACGAUUUUUAAUGUACAGUUCAUUGCGUCUGGUGAUAUAUCUAUUGUAGAACUUUAUCUAGAAGGUAAAUCUGUUACUGAGGAGCUUGUAGGACUCUGUGAGGAGCAACCAACAAGUGAACGACCGACACCUGUUGGUCAAGAUUUAAACAGUAAUGGAAAAAUAUGUUAUGUUAACGCCUUAGACGAAUUUUAUGUGCAGCUUGAUGAGAAAGUUUCUGAGCUUGAUAAAGUUAUAUAUAAUCUAACUAAUGCUUCUGAAUUUGAACAAACUUCUGAAUUAAAAGUAGGUUCAUUGUGUGCUGCAUUUUGGGCAGAGGAUGAACAGUGGUAUAGAGCAAAAAUCCUAGAAUUCUGUGAUGUGGGUUACCAUGUUCAAUUUAUAGAUUAUGGUAAUAAAGCUAAAUGCGAAGAAUUCCGUCAACUUCCUGAAGAAAUUUCUCGAAUAGAACCUCUCGCGAAGUGCUGUCGAUUAGUAGGAAUCACAGAAGAUAAUAUUUCGAAUGAGAAUAUUAAGUCUAAACUUAAUGACCUUGCAGCUGAUGUAUCUGUAACAUUCCAGAUAGAAUUUUUAGAUAGUACCAAGGAACCAAACUUAGUUAGAUUAUUACUGAAUGGGAAAGACAUCAGUGCAACUAUUUCGUCUAACCCAUCUAAACCUAUUACAGAAAACAGAGUGAAUAUAGAAAUUGACUCUAGUAAAGAUAAUAUAACAGAAGAACUUAAUGAUAUACCAGUAAAAAUUAAUGUUGAAAAACUAGAUAUUCAUGCUCAGAAAGUAGAGGAUAAAAAAUUAGAAGAAAGUGUUAUAGAUAAUAAACACUCAGAGGAGGCCGAGAGUGAGCUUAACACUUCACAACCUGAUCUCGAUGAAAGUGUGAGUAGCAACCAUACAGUUAUAGAGAAUAAGUCCUUUGAAGGCAAAAUCGAUAAUUUAAGCAACGACGUAGUUAUUGAAGUAAACGAAGAAAAAGACACAAGUGAGAGUUUGCCAGAUAAAAUAAUUUCAUCAGAAACUUUAGAGAAUUCUUCAGAUAAAAAUGUUUCUGCAGAAACUCUGGAGAAUUCUUCAGAUAAAAAUAUUUCUGCAGAAACUCUGGAGAAGGCUUCAGAUAAAAGUAUAGAAACUAUAGAGAGCUUUAAAGACAAUAUCAAAUCACCUGAACGUGAUGAAUCAAAAGAUUCCAUCAAUACAGAUACGGGCUAUACCAGUGAUGGUGAACAAGAUAAGCCAUCCCCUUCUGCAGAAUCGGAGUCCCCUAAAAAGGAAUCACCAACAAAAGAGGCAGUUGUAACAGAUAAAUCAGAGGAAGUCCAAAGUAAAGAAUUACAAGUGUAAAAAUGGUGUAUAUAACUUGUGUAUUAUAAUAAAUGUCUUAUCUGGCUAUAGUGAAAAAAGCCAAUUAACAUUUGCUUAGAAAAUGUUAUUGUAUGUAGACAUAACUACUUUCUAUGUAGUAUGACAUACAGUGAAAUGGAAAACUAAUUGACUGAUAUAUUAUUGGUAAAUAGUAUUACCGAUUCUGAGUGUUCCAUUCAUUGGUCUUUGUCACGAGAGCUGCUUUGUUUCUAUUUAAUAUUUAUGUUAUAUAAUUUUAUUUCUAUUAUUGUGUUGUGAUAUAGUUAACACCAGUUUAACAAAUGUGACGAUGUGGGGUGUAAGAUAUAGGCACUACGUAUUAUUACUUAUUAUUCUUGUCACACAAGAAUUAAGAUGUUUGUAUUUUGUUGUAUCUUUCUAUAAUUUAACCAGUGAGAACAAGUAUUUGAACAGUAUAACAAGUAUUUCAUUUUGGUGAACAAUUUUCAUUGUACUGUAUGCAUCACUGUCGUAAAUACUCAUAUAAUUUAUCUCGAUAGCUAGUUCGUUUUUAUGAAAAUUCUAUUUUGGUGAUAAUUAUUGUUACAGUGAUUUCUUUAGGAUUUUUAUAUUAUUCAUGUCCUUAUAAUUUUGUUGAUUUGGAUUAUGUUAAAAUCUGAAACCUCUUAUAUUCACAAAUAGUUACGUUUGCGAAAUGAUUGUUUAAAGAAUAAAGUCCUUUAUAAAAUUA